AUGAGGCUAUCACUUCGAGUCGGUUCAGCCGCCGCGCUCAUCAUCUUUACCCUCGUUCUUCUCAACCGCCGCUUCGACACAGGCAAACAAAGCCCCAAGGCCUUCUGGCAAUUCGACACCACAUCUUUCCGCGCGGCACUGCGGCCCCAAUCCGAGCAAGCACAUGCUGCCCGCCGAAAAUGGGGCACUGGGACCAACAAUGCCGCUGUCCUAACCUACCAAAACACCCCCAUCGAGGUCCCGAAUGAGGGCAUUAUUGUCAUGGGCAAACUGCGCGAGGAAGACACCGCCUGGGUUUCCGCGGAAUUGGCCGAAUGGCGCAAUUUCAUUUACACUGUCGACGACACCUCGGUGCCCGCACACACCCCCGUGAACAAGGGUCGCGAGGCCCUGCCCUAUCUCCAAUUCCUCGUUGACCACUAUGAUGACCUUCCCCCCGUCAUGAUCUUCCUCCACUCCCACCGCGACGGCUGGCCCGCCGGCUGGCACACCGACACCAUGGACUACAGCAACGUCGACUCCGUGCGCGCCCUGCAACGCGAAUUUGUCCUGGCUGAGGGAUAUGUCAGUUUGCGCUGCCAAACGUCGCCGGGCUGUCCGGCGGAAAUGCAGCCCUUCCGCAAUCCCCCGACGCCUGGCGACACGGGCGAGAAUCACUACGCGCAGGCCUGGGAGGAGCUGUUCGGCAAUAGCAACGUUCCUGAGAAAAUUGGCGCGCCGUGCUGCUCCCAAUUCGCUGUGUCCCGCGACCAGGUGCUCCAGCGCCCGCUGAGCGAUUACCAGCGCAUGUAUAACUGGGUGCUGAAUAAUGACUUGGCGGACGAGGUAACUGCCAACAUCAUGGAGUACUCGUGGCACAUAAUCUUCGGCAAGGACCCGAUCUUCUGCCCCGAUGUCUACCAGUGCUACGCCGACGUCUAUGGCGAGGAGGUCGUGAUUUAA